AGCUGAGCCGCUCGCAGUUAGACUCCCAAAAUUUGGCGGAUUCUCCUCCGCGCUAGUCCCUCUUCUUCUUCUUCUUCUGCUUCCUCCUAAUUCAAACCUCCCAUAAAAAUCAAAUCUUUUUCCGAUUCGAAUUUGAAAUCGAAACUCUUUUAAGUCUGAAACCGAAUUCCCAAUUGCAGAACUGUCACCAUUUGAUCUUCUUCCUCUUCCUCACCUCCUCCUCUUCUGCGAAACCCUAGAAAGAUGAAGGCUUCCCUCAAGUUCCGCGAGGACCAGAAGCCGCUGAUCCGGGCCAAAGUCCCCCUCAACAUCCUCGGCCUCCCCUUCCAGUCCGGCGUCGUCGCCGGCGAGUCCAAGGAGCUCGCCCUCAACCUCGGCACCUUCUUCGACUCCGGACCCGCCCUCCGCGUCUCCUACCGCCCCAACGACUCCUUCAACCCCUUCUCGCUCGUCGUCAAGACCGGCACCGGGCCGUUCGGCUCCCCGAUCGGCAGCUCCAUGUCCAUGUCCGCUGAAUUCGACCUCGUCCACCGAGGAAACCCCCGGUUCAUGCUCCACUUCAGGCCCGCCUUCGGGGACUUCUCCAUCAAGAAGUUGCAGUCCUCGGAUAAGUUCGCGAAGCCGGGGUUCCGGAACGGCGCCGUCGCGGACGACGAUUCGACGAUCGAGGUAGUGGAGGCGCCGGCUGCGGCAAAUGGCAGUUUUGUGCCGGAGAACGUCACGUUCUUCGGGAAGAGGAUAACGGCUCUGACGCCGGACUCCCCAGCGGGGAUCUUAUCGAGCGUGCUGUCUGGAAUGGAGGUGGCGGCCAGGACUGCGGUGCCGGUGAGGAGGAACACCGCUGUCAGCUUCCGCUGGGGAGUUAGGGUUCCGAUGGAGAUGGAGGCCGGGGGCGUUCGUCCGGGGUCGGGUAUUAAGCUGAUGAAGAUUCCGUUCCUGGUGAUGAACAAGAUCGGGAUUGAGCACGUGGAGGGUACAGAUUCCAAGGAGGCUGCUAAGGUGGCCCCGGAACUGAAAUUUGCCAGCAGGGUGGACGUAGCAGAGGCUUGCUUCUCGAUGAAGCACCAGCUGGAGAUGUUGCAAGCCGAGAAUGGGUCCCUGAAGAAGGCCAUAGAGGAUCUCCGGCAGGAGUUCUCGGCGAGGAAGUUGCAUUCACCAGCUGCUGGGUUGGAUUCAGGGAAGUACAGGGAGCUUGAUAGGAAUGGAAACAAGCAUUCCACUGGUAAAGUUGAUAGUAGAGGCAAUGGGAAGAAACCAUCAAUGGAUUCAAGUGCUUAUUCUGGGAAAUCAAUGGAAGCAGACGUGGGUGAGGAAUUGAAGAAGGCAGUAAGGGCAGCUUCUGGCGCUUGAAUUCGUCGACAUAUAUGAGUGAUUAUAUAUCUGCAGUUUUCAGGACUUUGUUCUUUUUGAAGAUUUCUUUGAAUUAGCUUUUGGCAUUUUGGUUUUCCGGGAAGUGUCUAUUGUAAAUAGGUUUAGAAUAAUGUUCUUUUUGGCUAUUGAAUUGGAUAGAUGUUUUCUGGUUCUUCAGGUUGCUUCUUUCAUGGUUCGCUCGUGGGGAAUAAAUAGUAAUCACCCAUUUUCUUUCCUGUAA